UUUAAGAGUUUGCCCACGUUUAACGUCAUACCAAUUCUUAGCUCACAUUUUAGUAACAAAAGUAAACGAAUUUAACUUUCUAUUCGCUUAUAGAAAGUUUCUUAACAUUUGUGUCCCGCAAAGUUCAACGAGAUAUAUUCAAUUCAUUUGUUGCAAACCAUGGGUUUCGAUGUCUCGAGAUUUUACGGCAAAGUGCACGACGACAUCAUAUGUCCGAUAUGUUUCGGAGUCCUUGAGAAUCCAUACGAAGUGGAGCCGUGCGGACACAUCUUCUGCGAGAAAUGCAUCAGAAGAUGGAUAGAAACGCCGAUGUUUGGUCCGUCUACCUGUCCCAUCGACAGGAACGAGAUAUCGCAUAAUAAAGUGAGGCCGGCGCCCAAAUUCCUCUACAGUUAUCUCAAACAAAUGCCAACAAAAUGCGAGUUCGCUUCCGAGGGAUGUAUUGUUUCCGUCAAACUCGAAGAUAUGGCUAAACACAGAGCUCUCUGUCCGCUGAACCCAUCCAAACCAGUACAGUGUCAUCGAGGCUGUGGUAUACGACUUCCGCCCAAACUGUUACUUCACCACAAGUGCACAGUCGACCCGUGCCAGGAGGCGAUGGUCUGGAAUGAGAUCAUUGAAGACGCAAAGCUUGCCGUCAGAAGAAGAAGUUACGAGAGAUACCAACGGAGGAGUCCUCUCAGUGUUGCCGUCAAAAGUAUUUGGAAUGUCGUCAACAACUGGUUGGCCGACCCCAGGGUCCACUCCAACGAAUGAACCGCUUUUCACUUUUGGCUAUCGAUUCAAAUAUUGCGAAUAUUUUUGGCUCUUAUUCUCAUUUAUUCUAUAAUUUUAUUCAUUUGUUUGAAAAAUUAAUUUAUGACUAUUUAAUAAUCGAUUCUAAGCUUUACUAUUUGAAACUUUUGUACACAUCUCACAAAUCAUGAUCUCA